UGCGUCUCUUUACGCUUGUUUGGCCCUGCGAGUGAGUGCGAGACAGCCGGAGAAAAUCUCGAUUCUCGGAAGCAGCUUCCUCUCUUCCUCCUUCUUCUUCUUCUUUCGAUGUAACAGGAAAGUGAAAGCCCUUUGUUUCGAGCUUUUUCGUGGGUUAACGAGGUUUGCCGGGAACAGCCCCAACAGCGAUCGACGGGUUUUAUGAGCACGAGAUCUCGACUCCCGAUACAUAGUUAGGAGUGGAGCAAUGCAAAUGGAUCCUAUUCAGCUCGCUCUGGGUUUCACGCUUCUUGGCUCAGUUCUCAUUUCGGCCGAGGAACUUGAUUUUGUUCAUUGUGAAAGAGUUGUGAGAAAGUGGGCGGAUUCUUCUUCUCUUGAAGAAAACAUCAGCGAGAACACACGCUCACUUCAGGACUUGCUGUUCUUUCUCCAUGUUCCCCGGACAGGGGGCAGGACAUAUUUUCACUGUUUUCUGAGGAAGAUGUAUGAUAGCACUGACGAAUGCCCCCGUUCUUAUGAUAAACUCCACUUCGAUCCGAGGAAAGCAAGGUGCAAAUUGUUGGCUACACAUGAUGAUUAUAGUUUGAUGUCAGAGCUUCCAAGGGAGAAAACUUCAGUAAUGACAAUAGUUCGGGAUCCCAUUGGUCGUGUAUUGAGUACCUAUGAAUUCUCAGUAGAGGUUGCAGCUAGGUUUUUGGUGCAUCCCAAUUUAACUUCUGCAACAGUGAUGUCUGCUCGAAUACGCAAGCCUAAUGCAGUAAGCACGCUAGACAUAUGGCCAUGGAAAUAUCUAGUGCCAUGGAUGAGAGAAGACCUGUUUGCUCGGCGGGAUGCACGGAAUGCCAGGGGAGGAGUUAUAAUCGAGGGAAAUAACCCAUAUGAUAUGGAGGAUAUGCUAAUGCCAUUGCACGAGUAUCUCGAUACACCUAUAGCUCAUGACAUAAUUCACAACGGAGCUACGUUUCAGAUUGCAGGAUUGACAAACAACUCUCAUUUAUCAGAAGCACACAAGAUCAGGCGAUGUGUGCAGAAAUUUAAAAGCCUCGGUGAAACUGUUCUUCAAGUUGCUAAGAGGAGGUUGGACACCAUGCUGUAUGUUGGACUGACAGAGGAGCAUAGAGAAUCUGCAUCUCUUUUCGCGGAAGUAGUGGGUUCUCAAGUGCUUUCUCGGGUUGUUCUGAAUAAUGCCACUGCAAAGCACAAAGCUGCUAAACCAGAACCAAGAGUCAAAAUCUCGGAAUCAAGAUCGGGGAAUGGUGAACGUCAGAAUGAUGCAUCUGAAGUAGCUCUGGAUAAGGCAGAAACAAAAAGUGAGAAUAUGACUGUCAAAACCCUUAUGGAAGUUUACGAAGGGUGCAUUUCUAAUUUAAGGAAGUCUCAAGCAAUAAGACGGGUUAAUUCCCUAAAGAGGAUUUCUCCAGCAAAUUUUUCGAAAGAGGCACGAAAAAAGGUUCCCGAAGACGUUAUUGAGCGGAUAAUAACGCUCAACCACCUGGACGUGGAGAUCUACAAGUAUGCGAAAGGAAUAUUUGCAAAAGAACAUGAACAAGUGUCACUGAAGCUCGUCUCAAGGAAUGAGUUGGGGAGAAUGUUCAGAGAAGUGGACGAUGAGAAGCUGUGGAAGCUCAUAACUGUGUCCUUGCUGGUUUUGUUACUCUUUCUCUUCUUUCUGUUUGUAAACGCCCGAAGGAGAACCUCAAAGGUUAAGAUUUGAUCGUUUUCAUUC